AGUACAACCGAAACAACAAAAGUGAAGGGAAAUCCUCUCCUAAUAAUAAGGAUAUUCUCUGAUGCCGACUCUAAGAAUUCAUGCAUAUGCCUUUGCUGUUUUGUGUUGUUUUAUCAUCUUUGCAGAAGCUUCUCAAACAGACCCUUCAGAAGUAAAUGCACUGAUAGCCAUCAAGGAAAGUUUGAUUGAUCCUAAGAACAAUCUAAGGAACUGGAAUUCCGGUGACCCAUGUAUGGCAGAGUGGACUGGGGUUUAUUGUUUUGAUAGGGAGGAGGCUGAUGGUUACUUCCAUGUCCAAAAGCUCUACUUAAUGACUAUGAAUCUCUCGGGAAGUUUAGCCCCACAGCUUGGUCAGCUAUCUCAUCUUAAGAUACUGUCUUUCAUGUGGAACAAUUUGACAGGCACAAUACCGAAGGAAAUUGGAAAUAUCUUGCCAUUGGAACUCUUGCUCCUAAGUGGGAAUAAGUUAUCUGGUAGUUUACCAGAUGAGCUUGGCAACCUUUGGAAUUUGGAUAGACUCCAAGUUGAUGAAAACCAAUUGUCAGGUCCUAUUCCGGAGUCAUUUGGCAACAUGGCCAAAGUUAAACAUCUCCACAUGAAUAACAACUCGUUCUGUUGUCAACUUCCUUCCACACUUUCAAAUCUGUCUAAUCUUGUGCAUUUGCUUGUGGACAACAAUAACUUAUCUAGUUACCUUCCAUCAAAUUUCUCUGUCUUACAACGGUUAAGAAUACUCCAACUUGAUAACAAUAAUUUCAACGGGAAUGAAAUUCCUUCCACGUAUGAAAACUUCUCCGGUCUAGUGAAACUAACACUGAGAAACUGUAGUCUGCAAGGAAAUGUUCCUGAUUUCAGUUCAAUACCAAACCUUAGCUAUUUAGACCUUAGCUGGAAUCAGUUUACUGGAACUAUACCAUCAAACAAACUUGCAGACAAUAUGACAACUAUUGAUCUAUCAAAUAAUCUUCUCGAAGGACCAAUUCCUCUAAGCUUCAUAUACCCCAAUCUUCAAAAACUGUCACUUGAGCACAAUUUGCUAAAUGGAUCAAUCCCUGCUAGCAUAUGGCAGGACAGGGCCUUCAAUACUAAAGACAAACUUAAAAUCAAUCUCGAAAAUAACUCAUUAGUUGACGUUUUGGGAAAUCUGAAUCCCCCACCAAAUGUUACCUUGAGGCUUUAUGGCAAUAAAGUGUGCGACAAUUCUAACAUAGAAAAUAUUGGUCAAUAUUGUGGACCUGGAGGAGAUGAAGAACAUGAAGUAGUCAGAAACCCAGAAAAUGCAUCAAAUGUCUGUCCAUUUCAAGAUUGCCAAGUAGAUAAUUCCUAUGAAUUAUAUGUACCCUCUUUCCCAAUUCCUUGCUAUUGUGCAGCUCCUCUGAUAAUUGGAUACAGGCUGAAAAGUCCAAGUUUUUCUUACUUUGCUCCCUAUUUUUCAAUGUUUGUAUUAUAUAUAACUGAUUCCUUAAGCUUAGAACGCUAUCAGUUAUCAAUAUCUGCUUGGGAAGAUGGAAACCGUAUAACCAUGUAUUUAAAACUGUUCCCUUCAUAUGAUUCCUACUUAAAUAUGUUCAACGAAAGUGAGGUCUCUCGUAUUAAAACCACAUUUACAUCAUGGGGAUUUCCUCCCAAUCAUUUCUUUGGACCAUAUGAACUCCUGAGCUUCACUCUUGUUGGACCUUAUGCAACUACUACUGAUUCAAAGAGGGGUGGAUCUAAUUCACUCAUAUUGGGUGCUGCUUUAAUAUCAGCUGUUGCUAGUAUUUUAGCAACAUCUGCUCUAAUCAUUUUCCUGCUUUUUAGAAGACGUGCAAAAUAUCAGCACAUGAAUUCAAGGAAACAUAAGUCCCCUAGUGUACACAUUAAAAUAGACAGUGUUAAAGAAUUUAGUUUCAUAGAACUGGCUAUUGCUACGAAAAAUUUUAGCAGCUCAACUAUAAUUGGCAAAGGAGGUUAUGGAGAUGUCCAUAAAGGCAUUUUGUCUGGGGAAACACUUGUGGCCAUUAAACGAGCAGCAGAAGAUUCCUUACAAAGCCAAAAGGAGUUUUUGACUGAGAUUGAACUUUUAUCGAGGUUACACCACCGAAAUCUUGUCUCACUGAUUGGAUACUGUAAUGAAGAAGAGGAGCAGAUGCUGGUUUAUGAAUUCAUGCCCAAUGGCACCCUAAGGGACUGGAUUUCUGGUAGAACUGAAAAAGCCAAGGAAAGACAAAAUUUUGGUAUGGGGUUAAAAAUUGCAUUGGGUGCAGCCAAAGGCGUACUUUAUCUUCAUACAGAAGCUAACCCUCCUAUAUUCCACCGAGAUAUUAAAGCCAGCAACAUACUUUUAGACUCCAAAUUUACAGCUAAAGUAGCUGAUUUUGGACUUUCACGGCUUGCAUCAGAAGGAUCUGGCACUAAAUACCUGUCAACUGUUGUGAAGGGAACACCAGGUUACCUUGACCCAGAAUAUGUAUUGACUCAUAAGUUUACUGACAAAAAUGAUAUCUAUAGCCUAGGAGUUGUGUUUCUGGAGCUUUUGACCGGCAUGCAGCCAAUCUCACGUGGCAAACACAUCAUUAACGAGGUUAAUGCGGCUUGUCGAUCUGGCAUGAUAUAUUCCGUUAUAGGGAAAAGAAUGGGGUUGUAUCCAUCAGAUUGCUUGGACAAGUUUUUAACUCUGGCCCUCAGAUGUUGCAAAGAUAAACCAGAGGAGAGGCCAUCAAUUCUAGACGUGGUGAGGGAACUAGAAGAUAUUGCUGCAGUGCUAUCACAAAGUGAUGAAGCCAGAUUCCCAGAACCCAUAGAUAAUUCAGGUGAAAUGGCACUCUUAUCAUCUUCAGGAUCUAAUGCAGCAAGAGAGGAUCAACACAAGUACGCGUAUGUGUCAGGAAGUAAUCUUGUCAGUGGUGUCAUUCCCACCAUUGUUCCUCGCUAAUAAUGUGCUAUGCCAUACCAGUUUCCUUCACACACUUCAAAUAUGUAAUUAUACAGAUUAAUGCUAGCAAGUUUGGGUGUAAGCUAUUUAAUUUCUGUGUGCUUAGUCGAACAGUGAAAGCAUUUUUUUUUUCAUAAUUACAAGUUUGCAUGUCAAAAUUGUUCCAUAUAUGGCAUGAACACUUUGUCUAGUAGUGCGGGGUUUGGAAUAAACUUAAAUGAAUUAGCCAUUA